CCUUGACCUUCCCAUGAGAGACCGACACAGAGGUUCAUUGCUGUUGGUUAUGUUUAAAUUUCCUGGAUAAGUUCUAAAUGAACGUGAAGGUAUUUAUCUGCGUAUAGUUAUGCGAUACCACGUAUUCGUAUGAUCACAAAUACGCACAAAAGUAGCCACCGUGUGGGUAGUUCGAGGCGAAACAUUAACAGACAUUGAAAUUCAGGUCAGUGGGCGUGUCACAUGAUCUCAUUGAAACUUAGAUUUUACAAUGGAACUUGCUCCAAGUGUCGUGGAGAACCUUUCUCUUGCUGGCGAUAGUGCCCGAAUCCCAGACAAAUGUUUCAAAACACUUGUAAGCAAAGCGUGUCAAGGUGUUCUUGACCAAAGACUGAGGGAUGCUAUCUCUGGUCACCCUGAUAUGAAAGACGUGGACAAGACUUCAUUAAAAGCCGCCUACUCGGGCCUCGUGACUCUCAUAAUUGAGGCAGCAAAGCAAGACUCCGAGAGUGAGACAAUUGGUUCUAUACUUGAAGAUUGUAAAUUUUCAACAGAGAGAAUAAACAGCUUCAAUACUACAUUCCUUGCACAGAAACCUUCGCUUCAAAUCUUACUUGGAAGUGUAGGAAAUUCCCAUCCUCACAUCGUUGAUAUUGACUGGAGGUUGGACUACUACAUCAAGAACAAUCAUCUUGACAAGGUGAAUGAGCCAGUGUACCUCAUCAGCUUAAAAACUGAACAACCUGGGGACAGUGAAUUACAAGAAGUCCAGUUUUCCUGCUCUCUUGAACAACUGCAGGACUUAGUAGGAAAGCUUAAAGAUGCAACGAAGUGUUUGGAAAAACUAAGUCAGAUAUAACCAGCAAGUUUGUGUACGUGGAAACUGAAACAUUUAGCACUUGAAUGAUUACAGGAAGUCUAGUUUCCUUUCAAAUUUCAAAAUGGAAAAAAGUGAAUUAAGGCAAGCUCCAUGCUUAUGUCAGUGUCUACAAGCCGGGGGUGAACCAGGGUUGAAAUAUCACUUGACAAAUCUCUUGUAAACAUUAAUCAGGACCAACAAAGUUUACCUUUGAGCAAGUCAUACUGACUAGUACUAGAAAAUACUAGUACAUUUGAUGAAAUGUCCAUCUUUUUGCAGUCGACUGAAAGAAAGUAUGGGAAGCGGGUGUUUGCAAUAUUAUGGUAUAGAAACCUGUUUGGAAGGCGUGAUUUGCUUUUGUAAAACACUGUUCUUGUGAGACAGUAAUUCUUCUCAUCAUGUUUAUCAUGCUGUAGCAAUAUCCCCUGUUGACUUCCUGAAAAUAGUUUUUUUGUGAAUCCCAGAACUUGCUACGUAGCAAAGGGAGAGAUGUGAAAGCCAAUAGAUUAAUAUUCAAUUAUUCAUACUAUGCUUUGUAUGCGUCAGAAGUGAUUGGGGGUAAGAGUGGGGAGCAUGGGUAACACGGUUGUAACACAAUUUGCUGCGCAGUGUUGUCUCCCUUGGACGCCCCAGAAACGUAUGAUCAUGGGUUUCACCAAAGUGGUAAACAUUUCCAGCAUGCAUCACUUCGGCUUGCCUCACACCAUGAUAUAACCGGAAUACUGUCAUACGGUCUUAAACCCAACUCACUCAUUCUGAGGUUAUUAACGCCGCGAUAUGACUGGAAUACUGUUAAAAGCGGCAUUGAACCCAAGUCACUCAUUCUGAGGCAAUCGUCUGUGGUCACAUUGUUCGAUACUAUUCUAAUUGGCACUAAAAAUGUUAUUGUAAAAAUUGUUAACUGAAGAGAAGUUUAAAAAUAGCAUUGAUUUUAUUGCAUUUUGAUUAGAUGUACAAUUGCAUCAAAUUAUGUUAAUGAUAUACAAAUAAAUGAUCAUAUACAUUGUGAUUCUGUAAGUGUGUUGAUGUUUUGUGUGUUUUGUUGACCCAAUCAUUCAUGGGCUACUUAACAGUGAUUGUGCUUAUAUUAAGACAAGAGAUUUGUAAUUGACUUGAUCGAUAAAGAAUUAUUGUUCUGCA